UCCCUUAGAUUAAAAAUGUCAUUUUUGCUUCCCUCCAACUCGAUAACCUUUAUACCGUCAGUUAUUGCAACGGCUACUACUAAAGAGGUGAACUUCAAAUUACCAUUGGGCUGAAUGCGCUUAAAGAACAUGUCACCACAUGAACUCAAACCUCUCCUAUUGAGAUGUAAACAUAGUGCAUUGAUUUCUCAAAUCCACGCUCUUAUGGUAGUAUCUGGGCUAUUAUCCCAUGGAAACUCAAUUAUCCAAUUAAUAUCAUCAUAUGGCAAAGGGGGUAAUCUCAAAUCUGCCCACAAAUUGUUCGAUAAAAUUCCCCUGAGGAGAGUAGAUUCUUGGAAUGCUAUGAUCAUUGCCUAUUCAAAAAAUGAGUUCCCUCUUGAGGUUGUAAAUGUUUAUAAUCAAAUGGUUCUUGAAGGUGUCAAACCUGAUAGUUCAACUUUUACUUUGGCACUUAAGGCGUGUACAAUAUUGCAGGAUUUGGAGAAGGGUGAAGAGAUUUGGGAGAAGGUUGUUGAGUGUGGAUAUGGAAAUGAUGUCUUUGUUGAGUCCUCUGUUUUGAACCUGUAUGCAAAAUGCGGGAAGAUGGAUAAAGCAGCAGCUGUAUUUGAGAAGAUGGAGAGGAGGGAUAUUGUUUGUUGGACUACGAUGAUAACGUGUUUCGUACAGAGUGGGAAAGGGAGAGAGGCUGUGGAUCUUUAUCGGAGGAUGCAAAGGGAAGGUAUGGUAGGUGAUGGUGUUGUUAUGUUGGGUUUGAUGCAGGCUUCUGCUAAUAUUGCAGACACGAAAUUGGGUUUGUCAGUUCAUGGCCAUAUGAUCCGCAGAGCCCUUCCUAUGGAUGUCAAUAUACUGACUAGCCUUGUUGAUAUGUAUGCCAAGAAUGGAGAGUUGGAGAUAGCUACUCGUGUGUUUCGAAAAAUGCCCUGUAGGAAUACUGUUACUUGGAGUGCUUUGAUUUCUGGCUAUGCUCAAAAUGGCUUUUCUUUUAAUGCGCUUCAACUGUUGAUAGAUAUGCAACUGUUAGGAUUCACACCUGAUGUAGCUACACUUGUAAGUGCACUUCUAGCAUGUUCUAACGUUGGCUCUUUAAGAUUGGGUAGAUCAAUUCAUGGUUAUGCUGCCAGGAAAGUCAUAAUGGAUCAAGUUUUAAGUACUGGAUUGAUUGACAUGUAUGCUAAAUGUGGGCUCAUUUCUUGUGCCCGUGCCCUUUACGACCGCAUCAGUUCUAAAGACUUGAUAUGUUGGAAUACGAUUAUAGCAUGCUAUGGUAUCCAUGGGCAUGGAAGAGAGGCACUUACCCUUUUCCAGCAGAUGAAGGACAAGAUAGAACCAGAUCAUGCAACUUUUGCUGCUCUUCUUUCAGCUCUGAGUCACUCGGGAUUAGUGGAGGAAGGCCGACAUUGGUUUGAUGUCAUGGUUAAUGAAUACAACAUAAAACCCUCUGAGAAGCAUUAUGCUUGUUCAGUUGAUCUUUUGGCUCGAGCUGGUGAAGUUGAAGAAGCUAAAGAUCUCAUCAUUUCCAUGGAAACUAAACCUGGGCUUGCUGUUUGGAUUGCUCUUCUAUCUGGUUGCCACAAGCAUAAGAAAUUUUCCGUUGGAGAAUUGGCAGCAAACAGGGUACUUGAAUUAAUUCCUGAUAGCACAGGUACUUUCAUAUUAGUAGCAAAUUUCUAUGCAGCAGCAAAAAUGUGGGAUAAAGCAGCUGCUGUGAGGAAGCUUAUGAAAAAGACAGGGAUGACAAAAGUUCCUGGCUACAGUGCUGUAGAGGUAAAUGGGAGACUCCAUGCUUUUCUUAUGGAUGAUACAAGUCACCCUCAAUAUGAACAGAUAAUGCGACUUCUGUGCAAUCUGGAGAAUGAGAUGAAAGCUAUGGGCUAUGUCCCAAAGACUGACUUUGUGCUGCAGAAUCUUGAAGAAGAUGUCAAAGUGAAAAUGUUGUGUAAUCAUAGUGAGAGACUUGCCAUUACUUUUGGGCUCUUAAACACCACACCAGGUUCCAGGUUACUUAUCACAAAGAACCUGAGGGUCUGUGGUGACUGCCAUGAAGUAACAAAGUUUAUCUCUGUUAUAGUUAAAAGAGAGAUUAUUGUAAGGGAUGUUAAAAGAUUUCACCACUUUAAGGAUGGAACAUGUUCUUGUGGCGACUACUGGUGAAACAUGUCUUGCCAUGUAAAGAUCUAUCAUCCUGUGAGAUACUGGAUAAAAACUAAUGAAUUCGAGGAAAAUGUAUUAUGAUCAUCUGUAGAAUUCAUAGACUGAUUUCAUCUUGUGGAUGAGCAGAAGGAUACUUUUGCUGCCUGCUUCCCCGAACUCCUGGAAUUUUUGGGCCACAUUUUAUACAAGGAGUCAUCUGCACUUGUGUCCUAAAAUUUCUCCUGGUGGUGCACCGACACUGCAGGAUGUUUGUGCACCAUUGAGUGACCAGUACUUAUUUAAAUUAAGAAAGUGUCUAGCAAAAAAUAAAUAAAUAAGAAUUUGAAUGGGAUAUACAUUGUUGCUUCGAUCACAUUCUAUCGAGGGCACACUUCAAGCAGGAAAUAAGUUGCUUCCACUUCUUCUCUGAGAGAGGCAAGCCAACGGAAAUUUGUAGCAAGCUUCCAACAAGGUGGUGAGUGGUAUUUUGAAGAAUCAACUGUCCUGCAAGUUCCCCAUCAAGUCUGACUGCUAAAUGUAAAGAUUACUUAUACUUCUUUGGCGUUGGCAGAUUGAUUCUUUCUUUGAUUAAUAGCUGAACUGGGGUUUGAAGUUUGACCUCCAGUCUCCAUCCGAAAGAGUGGUUCGAUUUCUAUUGUUGUGUUUGGUAGCAGUAACUGGAGUGUGGUGAAAUACUUAUGACACAAUUCGAUAGACAUACUCUGAAAGGAAUCCUGCUUUUCUUCUCUCACACAUAAGUUUGGCACAAAAAUGUUCAGGUUUACAACUUAGUCAGGUGACAGGCAUCCUAGAUUGUCACAUCCUAAGUGGUCUUUCCCAUAGUUUAAUAAGUAUCCUUCUUGUCUUUGGGCAGGCAACCAAGACUUAGCCAGUUUUUCAAGGAAGAAUGAAUGGUUACAAGUGGAUUAGUCUAUCAUUAUUCAAAGCUUUUACUAGUUUGACCAAAUUUAGGAAGCUAUUGAGCGAUGACUGCCUAUCGUUUGUCAAUAGCCUACAUGGUUACAAGUUACAACCAAAGAAAAGACUUGUACGAGAGAUUCAUUCUUUAUCAUGAGCUUCCACGAGU